AUUUACUCUUUCUUUUGUGGUCUUUUCAUCCAUUAGAACAAAAAGAGAGGGUGAAAGGCCCCGAAAAAUCUGAGAACCUAAAACCCAAACAAAGCCCUUUAAGCACUUGGCCGGUGUAGUAACUCAUCUCUCUCCCGAUCCAAAAAUAUGGCCAGUUUCGCCGCCAGGUCAGUCCUUCGCUCCGCCAGAACAGCCGCUACGAGAGUUGCCGCCGGUGCUAAGCCCAAGGCGGCUCCUUCUCCCUUUCGCAUCCCCACUCAAAAACCCCUCACUGCUCGCAUUUUCAGGUCGCCUGUGGAAAUGAGUUGUGCGGUGGAAAGUAUGCUUCCUUAUCACACUGCUACUGCUUCUGCUUUGCUGACUUCAAUGCUCUCUGCUACUCCAAGGAGUUAUGGUUGGACUCUUGAAGAUUGCAAUGAUGAUCUAUGAUGAAUUUCGGAGGGUUCAAGCGAAGUUUAAUGUCCAUGCACUCUGAGAGAAUGUCUGAAAAUAGAGUACUGUAUGAGCUCUGACGAAGAAAUAUAUAUUUUCUUCUGUGACUGUCAUUUGAUUUUGACUCUAAUCUUCCCAUUUUAUCUGUUCCAGUAAAUUCUGGCUUCUUUGGGAGUUUUUAUUUGGUUGUAUUUACUUGUUCAACUCCUUUCGAAGCUUCUAGCUUGUGACUAUACGAGAAAAAUUGGUAAACUAGAAGAACUCAAGGUUUCAGAUUUAUAAUAUCAUACCAGUUUAAAUAAUAUAAAUUUAAUCUUUGACUA